AUGAGUGAAUUAGUUUGGGGUAUUAAAAACGGCGACAUAGACCAAGUAAAGGACUUCGUGGAAAAAAAUAAAAUUGAUGUCAAUGCACUUAUUGAUGGCCGAGUUCCUCUACAUUAUGCAGCCGACUAUGGACAAACAGCUGUGGUGAAUUAUUUACUGGACAAAGGAGCUGACCCUAAUAUGAUAGACAAACAUGGUAUAUCUGUAAUUCUUGCAGCAAUUUGGGAAGGACAUACUGACUGUGUUAAAACAUUACUUAAACAUGGUGCAUCCAAAAAUGGAAAAACACCAGACGGUACACCUUACAUUGAUGCUGCUGAAAAGGAUGAGAUUAAAGAGCUGCUAACA